AACGUUCCUACGGUAACUUUCGUUGUUUGACUGUUAAACGAUUCAAGACUGAAAUAAUUUAUACGGAUUACUAGAUAAAAUGGAAGCUACAGACGAAUUAAGUAAAGAAAAUAGUGAACCUGCUGUAAAAGAAAAUAAUGUGGAACAAAAACUUAUACCACCUCAGGAUCCUCCAAAAAAAUCGAAAAAAGGCGACCGCCUUAACCAGGAUGAUAAAAAUAUGGAGCAACUCAUGAAAUCUCUGAAUUCCAUCCCUACAAUUGAAGAAAAGUUAGCCUUUGUCUGCAAAAAAUAUAUUCAAGGAGCAGAUGAAAAUAGAAAAAUGCAGUUCUAUAUUAAACAAUCUGAUAAACGGUAUGCAUUGCUGGUUAAGGAGAAGGAUCAGCUACAACAUGAGUAUAACAAGACAAUAUUAGUUAAAUCAAAACUAGAAAAUCUUUGUAGAGAGUUACAAAAACAUAAUAAAGCUAUCAAAGAGGAGUCACUUUUAAAGAUUCGUGAAGAAGAAGAACGCCGCAAGGAGACUCAGGCAAAGUUUCAAAACACAUUAUCAGAGAUAACAGCAUUAUUGCAACAGAAUAAUGAAAAAAAUGCUAAACUUAGAGAUGACAAUAUUAGUAUGACUGAGAAAUUUAAAAGUGUUGUGCAGCAAUACCAAUUAAGGGAACAACAGGUAGAUAAAAUGGCAAAACAGAUGGCAUUAGAAUCUCAAUUAUCAGAUGCAAAACUUCAAAAGUCUGCACUGGAACAUCAAGCAGAGAAAGAGCGCUUACUUGCUGAAGCAGAACAUAUGAAAGUUACAUUAGCCCAAUAUAGAGCCAAGAUUAUGGAGCUCCAGGGAACUGAAACUGCACUAAAGGGUCAAUUAGCAGUGUACACAGAUAAAUAUGAUGAGUUCCAAAAUGCACUUGUUAAAAGUAAUCAAGUGUUUGGUGGUUUUAAGGAGCAGAUGGAAAAGAUGUCCAAGAAGAUUCAAAAAUUAGAGAAGGAGUCUUUGUCAUGGAAGAAACGCUGGGAGACAUCACAGACAGCUCUCUUGGAUAUGUGUGGUGAACGACAAGCAAGCGAAGAAAAAGCAGUGGCAGCCAACAGACAUUUGCAUCAUAUGCAGGGAUUAUGUAGAACUCUGCAGGCGGAACGCACAGUAUUGUUGACUACGCUGAAGGAGAAUAACAUUGAACGGCCACCCUUGCCUACACCCGCGCCAACACCGCCCGUACCACCGCCGGCGCAAACUGCAAGUGAUGCAAAGGUUGAUGCCAUGGCAGCUAACUGUGCCCAAUUAAGACAAAGUCUUGCGCACCUGCAAACCCAACUAAACACAUUAACAAACAAAGAAGAGAAGGAAGAAUCACCUAAACCGGAAACCAAAAAGAAAUCAAAGUCGAAAAAGAAAGACAAAGCUCAAAAGGCAGCUGAAAAUACGGAAACAGUAACAAAUGAACAGAAAUCAGAGGAAAACAUUGAAAAUGUAAAGAAUGAAGAAUCAAUAGUAUUAGACACUGCGACACCAGAAAAUGUAGAAUCAGUAGACGAAAUAAAAGCUGAGGAAAAUGAUGAAAUCCAAAAUAUUGAAACAAGAGAUAGCCCUGAUGAAAAAAUUGAUAGUAAAACAAUGGAAAGUCUUAUACAAGCUAUUAAUAUGGCAAAUAUUAAUUUGUGUGACUUAGAAGUUGUCAGUGACGAAAUCAAAGGAGAAACACAAAAUCCGGAACUGAGUAAUGAUAUUCAUGAAAGUACUAAUGGCGAUGUUAAUGCAAUUUGUGAAAAAUCGUGUGAAUUACCUCAAGAGCCAAAAAAUGAUAGUAAUAUCGAUCUGAAAACUGAGAAUAUAAUCCAAAACCAAUAAGUGUCCGUUGUACCAUUUGGCAAGAGUUUUGUAAUGAAUUUUCGAAUAUCGUGUGAUCGACCUAGUCAAAAAGGCUGAGGUCUUAUUGACAUUUAUGUCGUGUAUUUGAAGACGAAUCGCGUGAUUUUUUUAUUAUAUAGAAUUAUAGUUUUAUAUAAAUCGUCUUUCAACACACAAAUAACCUAAAAAUACUAAAAUUUGGUUAUACAGUUACAUUAGAGUUACCGUAUUCUUUAAAUUGUUUACUGACUGAAACAGUAUUACAUAAAUUUACUUUUAUCUCAGGUAAGACAAAGAUAUUUUUGUAUUUUCAAUUACAAAAUCCGACUUCACUGAAGUAUGUUUUUUCCAAAACACAUUUGGUAAUUUGAAAAACAAAAGACGCAAUGGGUCAUAGUCCAAACGCAGUUAAUGUUUUCAUUUUCUAUACAUCGAAUUGAUUGCUCUUUGCUCUAUGUUUAAAAAAGUUGUAUUUGCUUGGUUUCAAUAUUUUUGUGUAACUUACACGUUAAGUUUGUAAAUAUAAUCAUUUGUUAAUGUCGUAAAACUCCUGGAUAUGUGAGUCAAGUUUGUUUCGAUAAAUAAAGUGUUUUGUAUGUGGA